AUGCCGAGCGUAAAGCUGGCGCUGGAUCACGUGAACGAGCAUGAGUCAGUCCUGCGCAACUAUCGACUACACAUGUGGUGGAAUGACACCGAGUGCAACGCAGCGGUUGGUGUGAAAUCUUUCUUCGACAUGAUGCACAGUGGGCCACACAAGCUUAUGUUGUUUGGCGCUGCGUGUACACAUGUCACAGAUCCCAUAGCUAAGGCUUCUAAACACUGGCAUUUGACUCAGCUGUCUUAUGCCGACACGCACCCGAUGUUCACGAAGGAAGCUUUCCCCAACUUCUUUCGGAUUGUCCCCUCGGAAAACGCGUUCAAUCUGCCCCGCAUCCGUCUGUUGCAACACUUCAACUGGACGAGAGCCCACAAUCGUCUUCUAGCCGACUUGGACUUUCACGGUUUCGACAUCGAAGAAACGCAAAGUUUCGCCACGGAAGUGAGAACAGCCCUCUCCAAGCUAAAAGAGAAAGACGUCCGGAUAAUACUCGGCAAUUUCAAUGAAACUUGGGCUGUCAGGAUCUUCUGUGAAGCUUACAAAUUGGAGAUGUACGGACGCGCGUACACGUGGCUGCUGCUGGGCACCUACAGCAGCAGGUGGUGGCUGCGGCGCGCGCCCUGCUCCCGCCGCGAGCUGGCCGCCGCGCUCGACACCACGCUGCUCACCGACCUGCUGCCGCUCGCCACCACCGGCGAGCUCACCGUCUCCGGCAUCACAGCGAAAGAUUACCAGGUCGAAUACGAUAGAAGAAGAGGCUCAGAAUAUUCUAGAUUUCAUGGAUACACUUACGAUGGCAUUUGGGCGAUGGCCUUGGCGAUACAGACAGUGGCACAGAGAGUGAAGCUGAAGUACAAAGAGAAAACAGUUCAAGACUUCAGAUACAGAGACAAGGAGUGGGAGCAGCUGUUUCUGGAUGCGUUGAGCAACGUCACCUUCGAGGGAGUCACCGGUCCAGUUCGUUUCUAUGAUAACGAGCGUAAAGCGUCGAUUCUACUGAAGCAGUUCCAAGGCGAUCAAGUGGGCGAAGUCAAGGUCGGCGAGUACUGCGCUGAAAGGGACCACCUGGACCUCACCAGCGGCGAGCCAUUCAAGUGGCUUGGCAAGAACCCACCCAAAGAUCGCACGCUCCGGCUGAUAGAACACACUCAGGUGAACAUCACCAUUUACUCCGUGCUUGUCUCCUGCUCCAUCCUGGGCAUACUGUUAGCCACAGGCUUCCUGGCAAUGAAUAUACAUUACAGAAAUCAACGGUACAUCAAAAUGUCUUCACCACAUCUCAAUAAUCUGAUCAUCAUCGGCUGCAUCCUCACGUAUUUGAGUGUGAUCUUCCUGGGUCUGGACUCCAGCCUAAGUAGCAUCGGUGCGUUCCCUUACAUCUGCACGGCUCGAGCUUGGCUUCUGAUGGCGGGAUUCAGUCUUGCUUUCGGUGCGAUGUUCUCAAAGACGUGGAGAGUCCACUCCAUCUUCACAGACGUAAAACUCAACAAGAAGGUGAUAAAAGACUACCAACUUUUCAUGGUAGUUGGCGUACUGUUGGUUGUUGAUCUCGCCAUAAUGACAACAUGGCAGAUAUCGGAUCCGUUUUAUAGGGCUACGAAACAAAUGGAACCUUACCCACACCCUUCCAGUGAGGACAUUGUGAUUGUACAAGAGAAUGAAUACUGCCAAUCGGAGAGGAUGACCAUAUUCAUUGGAGUCAUUUACGCGUACAAAGGAUUAUUAUUGGUGUUUGGUGCGUUCCUGGCGUGGGAGACUCGACAUGUGUCAAUUCCAGCGCUGAAUGACUCCAAACACAUCGGCCUGUCUGUCUACAAUGUACUUAUCAUGUGCAUUAUGGGUGCUGCAAUUGCUCUGGUCUUGUCCGAUCACAAAGAUGCGUUGUUCGUUCUCAUAGCCAUCUUCAUCAUAUUUUGCACAACGGCUACUCUAUGUUUAGUGUUCGUGCCUAAGCCGGGCGCGGCGGCGGGCCGCAUCCGCGCCACGCUGCGGCCCGCCGGCACCACCGCGCACGAGUGCCGCUCGCCCGGCCCCGAGCUCGAGCGCCGUAUGAAGGAGCUGCGCCAGUACAACACGCGCUACCGCCGCACUCUGCAGGCCAAGGAGAACGAGCUGCAGAUGCUCUUAAGCAAGCUCGGCGGCGAUGCGGGCUCCGAAUCUUCGACGACCAAAGAUUCUCGUUCCCCGGCCACCCAGAGAACCAGGCUUCCAGUCCCCAAGGAGAAUAUCAGCCAUCCCGAAACUAGCGAUAUAACAUCAGUGUGUAGCCUCAGUGCUUCAGCCGGAGCAGAAGUUGAAUAUAUAAAUUUGCAAAAUCAACAAUCAGAAAAAACUAAGCCAUCGGCUCCGCCUGAAUCGAUUAAGGAAGUUAUUCCAAAAGAGCCUAAAAAAGAGCAAACGAAGAACGUGUCAUUCAAGAACCAUUUGGAUUACACUAGCCCACCAUCAUCUAAGGCAGUGCCAGAAAAGGAUCAACUUGCUAAACUGCCGUAUGGAUGGACUGCCGAGGAACCCUCCGAGCCCACACCAAAAGUUGUCAAAAUACCUGAGCCAGUGAAAUCCGAAACUAAAACUAUUUCGGCUUUGAAAUCUAGUGAUACUCCGACAGUAAAGUCCAUACCGGCAAAAAUCCAAGAGCCCAUGUAUACCAAAGCGGCAACACCAAAAGUUAAUAAGAUGGUACUUCGAAUAAUGCAAUUGAUAAUUGGUGAUACCCAGACGCCUGAACUCCAAAAGAAAAUAAUGAAAUCCCAAGAGUCGGUGACGAAAACUCCACCGUCCAGGGAUCAGAGAAGCGGGCGCGGGCACCGGCGCACCUCCAGCGUGAGUCAGGCCGCGCUGCUGUCCGACCUCAUGCACGUCAGCGUCGACAGGGACGACCAGCCGCCGCCCGACAUGGAGAGGAAAGUCAUAGGUCAGUAUUUACCUUAUGCCCGUGCCCGAGAUGGAAUUAGAACCGACAAACUCGCGCUAUAUAUGUAAGCAUAUUUCUUUCGGCUGUUCAGGUGACUUUCCCAGAACAUUGCUAAAAAUACGCUAAUUUGUAGCAAAAGUAACUAGGGCUAUAUAAAAUCGUCAGUCUCGCUUUCGGAGAGGUCAAAGAUAAGAGCAGUCGCCGGGAUUGCGAAAGGAUGCGAGUUUGAAUCUCAUCUCGGGCACCUGGGAUUGGUGAAUAAAAAGGGUUUGGGAAAUAAAAGGAAUAUAGCAUCAUGGAUGUAA